UAUAUCACCGGGUCUACGUAACUCACUCAGAGAUUUCACGUGCCGCGGAGACAAUUGGUGUGUGAGCAGAGAUUACAAUUUGAUUGUGCCGACUACCUUGUGCCAGUCUGUUUUCUGAUCUCAAGGGCAAAAAAAGUGUUGAACUAUUUUACAGUUAGAUUGUCCUGUUUAACUAUUUUACUGAUAGAUAGAAUUGCAUAUAUUUUGAACUAUAGUGAACGGCCUUAUUUAGAAUUUCUUUAAGUUCUAGAUUGGACAUUUCUGAAUUUCUCUAGAUCUAGAUUGGACAUUUUGUUUAUCUGAGAUCUUGAUUGAACACUGUACUUCUUUGAGUGACACUUCGAGGAUUGGAACCAAAAAAAAAAAAGGAUUUUUGUAACUUAGAACAGAGAAGAAAGCUGAAAGGUCAGAAAUCCACAUGGCUCAAACCAUUGUCCAGUUGCACAGGAAUCCCGGCAUUCCUUGGGGAUUUAGGUUACAAGGUGGACGGGACUUCUCUUCAGAACUUAGCGUCAAAAAGAUUCAACCUGGCAGUCCAGCAGACGGACAACUUAGGCCAGGUGACCGUAUUAUCGGUAUUGGUAACACUGGCACACAGAAUCUGACACACAUGCAAGCCAAUCAUCUCAUUAAAAGUGCUGGUAAUGCCGUGCAGUUUACCAUAAUAAGGGGCCCCUCAGCAGAUUUUAGCAACAUCAAACCAUCAGGGCCUGUGAAGUUUUCACCAUGGAAAUACAACCAACAGCAACAGCAACAACCCAAUCAUUAUUGAGCACAGUUGAUAAUUAAUUAAUGGCUCUACAUCGAACUGACAUUUUGUUCCUUAAUAAAUUCUGGUUAAUUUUUUUAUUUUUUAUUUGCUUAUACCCAACAACGGCUGAAGUUUUAAAAAUCUUUGUUGCCAAAUGUUUUUA